CUUUUCUUUUGCCUUCGAGUUCAAGAAAAAAAUAUAUUAUUAACUAAACAAAAAAAACAUUUUGAAAGAAAUGAAGGGGCUGCCUGUAAUCUGUUGCAGUUGUUGCUGAUACAGUUAUUGUUUGUUGUAUUGUUGCGUGAAAAAAAUCUCUCUGCUCUGUUUAUCUAUAUUGCAAGCAAAGCAAGAAAGCAAAAUCAACUUCAAUUUCCUAGUUUUCAACUUUACGCCAACCUCAACGGACAUCUUUCUCCGACUCCUCCUGAAAUCUCGAUUAUUACGAGCAGCCUUCAGUAGCUCUUUACAGAUGCUCCCUUCUGAGGAGUUGGGGAAAGAAGAUGCAAAUUCUCGGCAUUACUCAAGGGAAGACAAUGAGUAUGUUAGACUGGUUAUAUCCAAUGAACCAGGUGCGACUGAAGCUGAUACACUACCAUCUCAGGCAAACACCAGGAUUGACGCUUUCAUUUGGUGUAUCAGAGCGUUAUUACUUUCCAUUCUUUUUAUCAUCUGCCUUCUCAUACUCUUGAAAUGGGGAGUGCCAUUUGUUUUUGAGAAGGUUCUCAUCCCUAUGAUGCAAUGGGAGGCUACUGCCUUUGGUCGUCCAGUUCUUGCCCUUGUGCUUGUUGCUUCUCUUGCAUUAUUCCCCGUGUUCUUAAUUCCUUCAGGGCCUUCCAUGUGGUUGGCUGGAAUGAUCUUUGGAUACGGUCUUGGGUUUGUCAUAAUUAUGGUUGGAACGACUAUCGGGAUGGUCCUACCUUAUUGGAUUGGACUACUAUUCCGUGAUCGCAUUCAUCAAUGGUUACAAAGAUGGCCGAAGAAAGCUGCUGUACUUAGACUUGCUGCUGAGGGGAGCUGGUUCCAUCAAUUUCGAGUAGUUGCUAUCUUUAGGGUUUCACCAUUUCCUUACACGAUUUUCAAUUAUGCGAUAGUGGUAACGAGCAUGAGAUUUUGGCCCUACCUAUGCGGUUCAUUUGCUGGCAUGGUACCAGAAGCUUUCAUCUACAUCUACAGUGGUCGGUUGAUAAGGACGUUAGCAGAUGUGCAAUAUGGAAACUAUCACAUGACUACGGUGGAAAUUGUAUACAACGUUAUCUCCCUCAUCGUUGCAAUCAUCACCACAAUUGCCUUCACAGUUUAUGCUAAAAGAGCUUUAAAAGAGCUUGAAAGGUCUGAGACCAAGAAAGAAGCCCGUCCCGCUAAUCAUGGCAGUCUUGAGAUGGAAAAGCUUCCAUUUGAACGACCAAAGCUUUCAGAAUCCCCAUCCUUUUCACUAUAACCGGUAGCAUAUUGGAGAAUAUAUUAGCUGUAAAAAUUUGGACAUAUUGUAGUGGUUUAGAUUCCUGAAUCAUUACUCUCUUUUUUUUAGGUUCUUCCUCUCUUCUUUUCCAUUUCCAUUGUUUGUUUUCCCACUUUUCUGUUUGGUACCUUCUGAUGAUUGUAACCAUGGAAAUAGAAUACUGAGAAAAAGAUUUGGCAUAUAUGAUGUGAUUAUACGAGA